GGUUUCUUUCAAUUUUUUUUUUUGGUUUAUACGCUUCUAUCGUUUUAGCAAUUCCAUCUACCCUUUCACCCAAAACUCCAAAACCAUCCUGACUUUGCCAUCACCCAAGACCACCGACCCUCUGGCAGCGUUUUCCGACAACCCGGUACCUUCCUUCCUUCUACAUCUUUUAUUUCUGGUGGAGGGAGGAUAAAAGAGAUGAUCUACACAGCAAUUGACACAUUUUACCUCACGGAUGAGCAGCUAACAAAUUCACCUUCUAGAAAAGAUGGCAUAGAUGAAGCUACUGAAACCACCCUUAGAACCUAUGGCUGUGAUCUCAUCCAAGAAAGUGGCAUUUUACUUAGAUUACCACAAGCGGUCAUGGCUACAGGGCAGGUUCUAUUUCAUCGUUUCUAUUGCAAAAAGUCAUUUGCGCGUUUCAAUGUCAAGAAAGUUGCUGCAAGCUGUGUGUGGUUGGCUUCAAAACUAGAGGAAAACACUAGAAAAGCUAGACAAGUACUCAUUAUGUUUCAUUGGAUGGAAUGCAGAAGGGAGAACUUGUCCAUGGAGCAUUUAGACUUGUAUUCCAAGAAAUACGUUGAAUUGAAAAUGGAGCUGAGCAGAACAGAGAGACAUAUUUUGAAAGAAAUGGGAUUUAUUUGUCAUGUUGAGCAUCCGCACAAGUUUAUUUCUAAUUACCUUGCUACCCUUGAAACACCUCCAGAAUUGAGGCAAGAAGCUUGGAAUCUGGCUAAUGAUAGUUUGCGUACUACAUUGUGCGUUAGAUUUAAGAGUGAGGUUGUGGCUUGUGGAGUUGUAUAUGCUGCAGCUCGUAGGUUUCAAGUACCCCUUCCUGAGAACCCACCGUGGUGGAAAGCAUUUGAUGCAGAAAAGUCCAGUAUCGAUGAAGUCUGCAGGGUUUUGGCUCACCUAUAUAGCCUUCCAAAGGCACAAUAUAUACCAGUUUGCAAGGAUGGGGACUCAUUUACAUUCUCCAACAAAUCAUUGGAAUCAAAGUCUCAGUCAACUGCAAAGGUGAUGGAUGUUCCUGAAAGUAGGUCGCCGAUUAAUUCUGAGAAGUCAGCGCUAAAGGUUGCUCUCGAAGAAGCUAACGUUGACUUGAGUGGUAGCAAGGGUGCUUCGGUAAAACAAGCCACUGAUAAGUUGAACGAUGCUAGGAAAUCUGAUGAUGAAUCCAAAGGUAUGGCUUCUGAGAGAGAUUUAAAAGAUGAAUCCACGCUGAAGUCCAAACCAGACCGUAAAAUGGAGGGCGGGGGCGAGUUACGGAGGGAUCGGGACAGAAUAAAAUCUAGGGAUCGUGAUUGGGGAAGGGAUUCUGACAAAGAACGUGAACGAGAGGAAACUGAAAGGGUCAAACUUAUAGAUCGUGGUCAUCGUUCUAGGGAGAGGGCAAAGGAUUUAGGACAUUCAGAGAAAUCAAAACGCCAUUGUAUAUAUCAUGACCGUGACUACUACAGUUCCUCUUACUCGUCAAGAGAGAAGGAUCGGCAUAGACAUCAUUGACGUAACUUAGAAGAUGUGCCCAGGUCGUUUCUAUGAACCUUGAUGCCUGUCAAAAUCAAAGUCAGUUGAUCAAGCAUUGCACUGCCUUUGAUGAAUUGAUAUACGUAUUCAAUAACUUAUACUCUAUCUCCCCUUGUUAAAAGUAUAUUCGGCUCCUGUUUUACUUCAAACACUAUUUCUUUUAUACAAAUACAUACCAGCAAUGGUUUUUUUGUACUCUUAAAAAUUAUACUACCUCAAGUCUCAAUGUUGCAAAAAACAUUUGGUGAAUUCUGAGUAAUUAUUCAAUUGUAAAAUCAAAUGUUUCUAUUGAGGCGAUCAA